GUCAAUUUUUGUAUCUCAAAAUAGGCAACAAUAAAUUUCUUUUUAUUUUCGCUACCUAAAGUAAAUUUAAAGUUUACCGUUGUUGUUAAUAAUUGUAAAUAUUGUGUAAAUUUUUGUUAUGUUAUAGAAAUACUAGCGCGAGUACGAUUUUCUUGUGGACUGGUCAGGAGAUGUCGAAUAAAAGUUCCGUCAAUAACACAGCAGGCCUCAAACAAAUCGACUUGGAUCAGAUUUGGGGCGACUUGAACGCGGGGAUCGAGCAUGCAUACAGCCAGCAGCACAUGCCGAAGUAUCUUUACAUACAGCUGUAUACACAUGUGUACGACUACUGCACGUCGGUGCAUCAGCAGGCCAAUGGCCGGGGCUCCUCGAGUAUCUCCACGAAGAACAAGAAGAGCCAGGUCGGGGGCGGCGCGCAGCUCGUGGGGCUGGAGCUGUACAAACGGAUUAGGGAGUUCCUCAAGAAUUAUCUGGUGACCUUGUUGAGUGCGGGGGAGCUCGCUUUUGGAGUAAGCGGCACCGGUCUAAAUGAUGGCUUUAAUUCUGACGGAAUGAAUCGGAUGGGCGAAGGCGUUCUGAAAUUUUACACGCGACAGUGGGAAGAAUAUCAGUUCAGCAGCAAAGUGCUGAACGGAAUUUGUUCAUAUCUGAAUCGACACUGGGUGAAGCGGGAAUGCGAAGAAGGCAGAAAGGGGAUAUACGAAAUCUACCAGUUGGCGCUGGUGACAUGGAGGGAUCAUCUUUUCAAACAGUUGAACAAGCAGGUGACUACGGCGGUUUUGAAACUGAUCGAGCGGGAGAGAAACGGCGAAACUAUUAACACUCGUUUGGUAUCAGGAGUGAUAAACUGUUACGUGGAGUUGGGUCUGAACGAAGAAGAGCCAGGGGCUAAAGGACCGAACUUGUCUGUCUACAAAGAAAGCUUCGAGAACAUGUUCCUGGAGGACACUGAACGCUUUUAUCUCAAAGAAAGCAGCAACUUCUUGGCGCAGAAUCCGGUCACUGAAUAUAUGAAAAAAGCCGAGCAGCGGUUACUGGAAGAACAGAAACGCGUCCAGGUGUAUUUGCACGAGACCACCAGCAAUCGUUUAGCUAAGACUUGCGAAAAGGUCUUGAUUAAGAAACACUUGGAUAUGUUCCACGCCGAGUUCCAGCAGCUGCUCGACGCCGACAAGGACGACGACUUGGGUCGGAUGUACUCGCUGGUGGCGAGAAUUCCCGACGGCUUGGGCGAGCUGAGGACGCUCCUCGAGCAGCACAUCGCGGCUCAGGGGCUCUCAGCUAUAGAGAAAUGCGGGGAAAGUGCACAUAAUGAUCCUAAGAUUUAUGUUAAUACGAUUUUAGAAGUCCACAAGAAAUAUAACGCUCUUGUUUUGAUUGCUUUUAAUAAUGAUAGCGGGUUCGUGGCAGCUUUGGAUAAGGCGUGCGGGAGGUUCAUCAACGCCAACGCUGUGACGAAGAAGGCCAAUUCUAGUAGUAAGUCGCCGGAGUUGCUGGCGAAGUAUUGUGAUUUGUUGUUGAAGAAGUCGAGCAAGAAUCCCGAGGAGGCGGAGCUUGAAGAUACGUUAAACCAAGUCAUGGUUGUGUUCAAAUAUAUCGAAGAUAAAGAUGUCUUUCAGAAGUUCUAUAGUAAAAUGCUGGCGAAGCGACUUGUACAACACAUGUCAGCUAGUGAUGACGCUGAAGCUUCAAUGAUCUCAAAACUGAAACAAGCUUGCGGGUUUGAGUAUACGUCCAAGUUGCAGAGGAUGUUCCAGGAUAUCGGAGUCUCCAAAGAUCUGAACGAGCAAUUCAAAAGCCACCUGUCAAAAUCAAACGAAACCCUAGACAUAGACUUCAGUAUCCAAGUGUUAUCUUCAGGAUCAUGGCCUUUCCAACAAUCGUUCACUUUCGGUUUACCCACAGAGCUUGAAAGAAGUGUUCAUAGAUUUACAAAUUUCUACUCCGGCCAGCAUUCAGGCAGGAAGCUGAACUGGCUCUACAACAUGUCCAAAGGAGAACUACACACAAACUGUUUCAAAAAUAGGUACACACUCCAAGCUAGUACGUUCCAAAUGGCUGUGCUUCUCCAGUUUAACGUCGCGGAAAGUUGGACAAUAUCCCAGCUUGAGGAAAACACACAAAUCAAAACCGACUUUCUAAUUCAGGUCAUACAGAUAUUACUUAAGGCGAAGUUGAUCACGUGCGAGGACGACGAGAACGAUCUUUCUCCAAACUCCGUAGUGAAUCUUUUCUUAGGAUAUAAAAAUAAAAAACUCCGGGUGAAUAUCAAUAUUCCGAUGAAGACCGAGCUGAAGAUGGAGCAGGAAACCACCCACAAGCACAUCGAGGAGGACCGGAAGUUGCUGAUUCAGGCGGCUAUCGUGCGGAUCAUGAAAAUGCGGAAGAUUCUGAAGCAUCAGCAGCUGGUGGCGGAGGUCCUCAAUCAGCUGUCGUCGAGGUUUAAGCCACGAGUCCACAUAAUUAAAAAAUGUAUAGACAUACUCAUUGAAAAGGAAUAUCUAGAGCGAACCGAAGGCCAGAAAGACACCUACAGUUACUUAGCAUGAUUCAAUAAAACCGUCAUCCGUUUUUUGUUUUUGACUAAGGAGAAGAUUUGUGUGUGAGUCAACGAGUGGUUUGUACAUUGUAAAUAUUUGAGAAAUAAAUUGUACUUUAAGUGAUAUGCUAUACUAAAAAUACACGAGUGUAUUUA